AUGACAACAAAAGAGCCCUGUUUGUGCCUCCCCGGGCAGCGGCUUUGCCUCUCGGACAAAACAUACACAGCCGGACAAGGCACGUACGAAAGACAGGGCUACAUAUAUUCUCAGCUCGCGGGUUGCGUGGACAUAGUGGACAAAGACAAUAUAAAAGUGGUCGAAGUGCACACUACCGGUGAGCAAACCGUGAUCCCAGCGCAGGGGGACAUCGUAACGGCCCAAGUUUCCGUUAUAACCCAACAAUACGCCAAGUGUUUCAUAAAAUGCGUGGGUGAAACCGUCCUGAGGCGGCCCUUUCGAGCUGUGCUACGCAGAGAAGACAUUAGAGCGACGGAGAAGGAUAGAGUUGAGAUUUACAAAUGCGUGCGACCCGGCGACAUUAUCUUAGCGAGAGUGCUACCGAUCACAGAGGCCCAUACUUAUCACUUGACUACGGCGGAGAACGAACUCGGUGUUGUGAUAGCGCAUUCAGAAGCGGGACAUCCGAUGGUACCGAUUAGCUGGACUGACAUGCAGUGUACGAAAACCUUCGCAAAGGAGCCCCGAAAAGUGGCCAAAGUCGUACCGGAACAUUUCAACGCGCCUUCGGAGACUCUUAAACCAUAA